CGAACGGAGCGCGACGUGUUCCGCGCUGUCUACGGACUGGCUACGACUGCCUACGACUGGCUACGGACCGGCUACGACAGUGUGUUGUGAAAGUGUAGUGUAGUGCAGUGCUUUAUGGUGUUCACCAAAACAAAAUGUCGUGUCGGGCGUUGUAAUGGAAACGGAUUGUGACUUCAGUUUAGUGUAAGAGUGAUUAGUGAACAUGGGCACGCUGGGCUUCCUUCUCAUACUGAGCGGCUCUUUGCUCGUUGGAUGGAUUGACGAUACCAUAGCGUUACGGGAUGUGCAGAUGAUCGCACCGUCAGCAGUAAAACUUGGUGACACCGUCCUGCUCGGCUGCAAAUGGGCUCUAGAAGGGAACGAGACCCUUUACAGUGUGAAAUGGUACCGAGGCAGGCAGGAGUUCUUCAGCUAUUUGCCCAAGGAGUAUCCUUUUACCAGGAUAUUCGCACAGCCUGGGAUUGACGUGGAUGUAUCAAGAUCGACCUCACAACAAGUGGUGCUACGGGAGGCUAGCCGCGCACUCGCGGGGAGGUACCGCUGCGAGGUAUCUGCUGACGCGCCCUCCUUCCAUACGCAAGUGCGGUCAGCGUAUAUACAUGUUGUUGAGCUGCCCCCAGAGAAGCCAACGAUAAAAGCGGAGAAGGGAUGGUACGCCUCAGGGGACUCGCUUAGGGCCCAGUGUAUAUCUCCACCAGCUGACCCGCCGGCUAACCUCACUUGGUUACUUAAUGGACGUGAUAUUCAAGGCAAGCCAAUAUUUCAGCAAAGAAUACUGCCUAGUCCAGCGGUUUCACUGCCCAUACAUGUUGGUCCCACUUCCCCGCCUGGGGACGAAAAUACGAACAUCAUAUUCAGCCCCUGGAAAGCGUUUGGACCAUUUGUGGAUACUAUCCAGGAUGGUGAAUUGCUCCAAAGCCAAGAUACAGUUAUGUUCCCGACCUCCAGACAUCCAGACUUCGACGAGGACGUGACCGACGUGAUACCCACCAGCACGAGAGGAUCGUCCAAUAAGGUGGCAUCAAUCAGCCAGCUAUCGUUCCUCGUCAGGCCGGAGAGCUUCGAGCGUGGCCAGCUGCGUCUGACUUGCAUCUCGAGUGUCCAUACUGUGUACAACGAGAGAGCCGAGCUGGUAAUCAAUGAGGAGCGGCCGCAGAUUGCCUCCGUGCUUGGCACGAGAGACCGGUCUUCAGGGUUGCUAGCAUCGGCCACGCUCAUAGUCAUAUGCUCUACAUUCAGCGCAGUUGAUACAUUAAGGAUCCUGCGAUGAUGUAUAGUAACUGCGCUUCCUCUGGAUCUGUAAAUAAGAUAGUUUGACAUUGUGGUAACAUUGUUAGUGAUAUAGCUAUUGAAAUGAACACCGUAUUUAUGUUUCAAUUAUCAAAAAAACGGAACUUUUGUAUUUGGUAGAAACUGCAAGAACUGAAACUAAACGUAAUGCGGCUACUCAUGUUUUAGUAUUAUUUUUUAUUAUAAUGUCCUGUCUAAAAAUAUAUUGUUUACAUUUGUAUUUAUAUAAUUAUUUUUCGUUAUAAUGUCCUGUCUAAAACUUAUGAUGUCAUUACAUGUGAUAAUAAACUCAAUGAUAGAAUACAACUACAUAUGCAAGGAUGCUUAAAAUCACAGUAAAGGGUCAACAUGCAUGUUUUUCAUUUUGUAGAGUCAAUUCGUCAGACUAUCGAAGAAAAUUAAUUUAAUUUACAUGGAAACAAAACUAUUUUAAUUGUAUAAUUUGUUUUAAAAUGCAAGAAAUCUGAUAAUCUGAUCUGAUGUUUUGCUAUUAGUGUUGGUACUGAAAAUAAAAAAAAAAACUUUUCUGUCAAAUUAAUUCAUAUUUUGAUUAGAUAUGUUUUGAAACUUGCAUCCAUUUCUAUAUUAAUUUGAUAUUUUAAUAAAAAAAAAAAAAACAAUUAGGACGUCAAACAAAAUAAAUAGGUACUUAGUAUAAUUUGACUGUUAUAGAAGGCAUAA